GCAUCAGUAAUCAACAUUGGCUUCUCGCUACGGCUGUAACCUGACUGGCGGGGCGUCCCCCCCCCGCUCCGGGACAGUCUGAGGAGGGUGUCGUUGGCUUAUGCAAUCACGACGCACCUAGCAAUGUCCUUUUUCGGGAGGGCUGCAUGGCCAAGGUAGGAAAGGGCACAGAGAGAGAGGACGCCUCUGCAUCUCAUCUCUGCAAGCUAUGGUCCCCAAUACCCGGCAGCUCGGUGGGGAUUUGGAUGACCGGCCGCCAGCCCUACACUUCAAAGGUAAAACUACGGUGGGGUAAGAAUGGGGGUGGGAUCGACCACCCCAACGCCCUUCCCCUCGACUGCCGCGGCCAUGCCGAAUGGCUCGCUCGCUUAUACCCACCCCGUAGCACUCGGUAUAUUGACCGCAACGAUUAUUGCUAUUACAUAAACAGGCAUUUGCCCUUGCUGCGGCAUCCAGAGUCGGUUGACGGACAGAUAGAUAGGCACCGCGGAGAGCUUGUCUUAUCUGCAUGUACAUACAAUAGACUUGAUUCUCCAUGUUUCCUGGAGAAGCCGAGUGUUGUUGAUGUUAACCACCGCCAAGACAGAUGGACACACGAGCCACGAGCAGACAUUGGGCGCUCGCCACGUCGUCUCGCGGCUAUCCCACACUUAUUUUCUGGCGAGGCGGCUGACGCUGCCGCUCGGAAGCAUCCGCCCCAUUCCACUUCUCACUUCUCACUUCUCCUUCUCACUUCUUACUUCUCACCUCCUACUCCAGCCCCCCCCUGCCACUGGGCUCUUGGCCUGCCUUACGGACGACCCAAGCGCCUGGAGACGCGGCACUGCUCCACGGCCUGCUGCCAAUGAAGUGGGCUGGAUGCCUGUCGUCGAUCCCGUCGGCCGCGGCCUAGCUUCAACGGCUCCCCCCCAGAAGAGUUUCCUCCGGCGCCCGCUCAGAAGAGUUUCCUCCGGCCCCCCCUCCUUUCCACUCCCCAGCCUGCGACCCGGGCCGCACCGUUUUUUCUUCUAAUCAGUUAACUUUUCGGAUUUCUAGUCCAAGUGUCCGCUCUGCGAAACACUUACUCUUCUUAUCCUAGGCUGCGGUCGCCCCUAAGCCUUGAUUACUUAGAGCCAAGUGCCCGGCUGGACAGGGCCGGGU